AUGUCACCGCUGAUUGAGCGCCACCUCACAGAAUUGUUCAUCAACAACAACUAUAUAAAACCUCAGAGCACCACCCGGCUAUCAGUCACCAACCCGGCCACUGGUGAGCUUGUCAGCGACCAUGUCCCAGUCGCGGGCCGAGAGGAUGUCGACGCGGCUGUCAAGGCAGGGCAGGAAGCAUUCAAGCCUGGUUCGCCAUGGAGGUCCAUGACGGGCCAGGAGCGUCAAGCUAUACUGCUCAAGUUUGCGGACAUUCUAGAAGCAAACGAGCCAUACUUGGCUAGCCUCACCAGACUCACCCUCGGUGCACCUCGCUUACCUUUCGGAAAGGCUCUGGCAACAGGCAACGUGUUCAUCCUGAAGCCCAGUGAGAAGACACCCUUCGCCGCAGCAGCUCUCGGCAAACUUGUGCUCGAAGCAGGCUUUCCGCCCGGCGUCUUUCAAGUUCUCGGCGGCGACGGAAGUACUGGCGCACUCUUGGCUUCGCACAUGAAUGUUGCCAAGGUGAGCUUCACGGGCAGUGUUCCCACUGGAAAAGCCGUCCAAUCACUAGCGGCAAGCAGCAACCUCAAAAGAGUCACGCUUGAGCUGGGUGGUAAAAGCCCAGCGGUCGUCUUUGAUGAUGCCAACAUACAGAACGCUGUCGAGUGGCAUGUGAUCCCCUUCUGA